AUGGAUAUAAAGACCUUGUUAUAUAAUCUUCACGAAGAAGUAUCCUGUCCUGUGUGCAUGUGCAUGUUUACUACACCAAAGCAGUUGCCUUGCUUGCACAGUUUCUGCCUACACUGUCUGAAUGGGAUUCAAAGAACAAGCGGCGUCCAUGGUAAAAUUACAUGUCCUGAGUGCAGGAAACAGUUUGACAUCCCUAGAAGUGGAAAUCCCAGCGAAUUUCCCACAAACUUUCGCAUUAACAGAUUGCUGGAUGUUUUGGCGAUCAAAGAGUGCAACACUGCCGGCGUGAAAUGUGGAAACUGCGACAAGCGAAGCGCCGAGACCUUGUAUUGCUUUCAGUGUUGUUCUUUCUGGUGUGCAGAGUGUAUUUCAGCUCACAACAUCAUCCGAGCAAACAAACAACACAAGACUCUUGCCUUGAAAGACUUCCAAGAUCAAGAUAUUGAGGCGGUGUUAAAGCGACCUGCCUUUUGCCAGACGAAGAACCACGAAAACAAAGAGUUGGAAUUCUUUUGCAGGGUAUGUCAAGUCGCCAUUUGUAACGCUUGUGCUGUUACAGAACAUGAAGGACAUGCGAAGGUGAUUCUGGAAACAGCAGCAAAUGAGAAGAAACUACAAAUCGUGUUUCGCAUUAAAUCACUGAAAGAUAGAGAACAAGAAAAGAGAAGUCAAGUUGAAAAAAUCGAGCAAGACAGUAUUGAAGUUCAAGUGCAAGUGGCUGACGUGAAAGGCAAGGUACAGAGUAGCGCCGAACAAUUAAUUGCGAUCAUCGAAGCGAAGAAACAGGAUAUUUUUAAUGCGGUUGACAAACAAGCACACGACUCCCUCAAAGGACUCACAUUAAAAAAAGACCAAAUUGUAGAUGAGUUGAAAAAGAUUCAAUCUGCAAUCAAACGAACCGAGACUUUGUUGGAACAAAGCUCAAGUGCUGAAAUUUUAGGAUUUAGUAAAACAUAUGAUACAUUCCUUCCAGAACAUGGCGUAAAAGUUAACUAUGACUCUAAGAGCAUCCCUCGUUUUAGCUAUAUUGACAAUGUAGAGCUUAUUAAGCUAAUGAAGGCUAAAGGUAUAGGUAAUGUUAAAACUGUUUUCAAUGAAACUAAAGCGCAACCGGCUCGAGCAAAGUGUUUCAGGCCUUUGCUGUCUUUUGGAGAGUUUGGUGAGUCUGUUGGAAAGCUUAACGCUCCCUGGGGGGUGGCAGUGAAUGAUCGUGAUGAAAUAGCAGUUGCUGAGCAUAAUAACAACAGAGUGUCAGUUUUCAGUAGUGAUGGUACCCAUUUAAGAUCAUUUGGUAGUAAAGGUAGUGAUAAUGGUGAAUUAAUUUAUCCUCGAGGAAUCGCUUUUGAUAAACAUGGCAAUAUUAUCGUAGCAGACGAAGGUAACCACAGGAUUCAAGUAUUCAGUGGGAAUGGUAAAUUUCUUAGUAAGUUUGGUAAAAAGGGAAAUCUUGAUCACCAGCUUAAGUCUCCUCAUGGUUUGUCAAUAAGUAGACACGGUGAUAUUAUUGUUGUUGAUCGUGAUAAUAAACGUAUCAAGAUAUUUUCUUCUAGUGGAGAAUUCUUACUUAAAUUUGGCGGUGAAGGUUCACUCGUUGAUCCCUGGCACUGUAUCCAACAGGGAGAAUAUUUUAUUGUUUCAGACUUUGAAGAUCAGUGCAUCAAACUGUUCGACCUUGAGGGUAACUUUGCAUUUAAAUUCGGAGUGGUGGGGAAGAGGGAUGGAGAGUUCAAUCAGCCUGCCUUCUUGUCAGUUAACAAAGAAGGUUUGCUAAUGGUUUGUGAUUACAAAAGCAAUAGUGUUCAGAUGUUUGACCUGAGCGGGAAGUUUGUUACAAAGUUUGGAAUUAGAGGUAGCAGGGCAGGAGAGUUCAAGCUUCCAGUUGCUACAGCAAUUCUUGGUGAUGGAAGACUGGUUGUGUCUGACUGUGGCAAUGACCGAAUCCAAGUGUUUGAUCAGAUAUGAUCGUACUAGUCUCGAACUAUUGCAUUUUGUCUCAAUUUCUUCGUAGCGUUAUGGAGGAGAUUGAUAACAAACUGCGGUUAAGGAUCGACAUUUUGAUAUCUGUGCUUUUGGUUAUAGUCUGUUUUAUCAGAAUAUAGUGCUUUUUUUAUCAGAAUGUAAGUUUGAGAUAGAGUGUUUUCAAUGAUUGACAAGUCGACAAUAUAUUACUGUACAGUCCUUUUUUAUUAUUGUAAGUGUAGAUCUUACUCUUAGUUUGCUAAUCAUAUAUACGAUUGUUGAGGCUGUUAUACGUAUUUUUGAAUAUUUUAUUACUAGUAGUAACAGCAGUUAUAAUUUUCUUUUCGGUAUUUUAUGUGCAAAUAUACUUCCGCCCUUGUCUCGGAGGUGCAGCUGGAAAGUUAGAAUGUUAAAUGAUCCGUUAUAAACCUGUAUGCUGAGACUAAAUAAGAAAAUAAAAAUGGGAUUUUUCCUGUAACGUUUAAUGAAUUUUGAAAAAGGCGGGGUUGGGGGGGGGGGGGGGGGGUCAGUAGAUCAAAGGCAAUUUCCGGUUUUUGAACAUACAAAAAUCGAUGAAUCCUCUCACCGCAACCGUAUCUUUUCAAAACUACUCUCCAGAGUGAUGUAAGAGCCCCAUAAACACAGGUCUGGGUUAAAAAAUAUGCGGUUUCAAAACAGUCCCGAUUGGUGUAGAGAGAUCAUAAAACCUCAGGAGGAGGGGGCUGAGUUCUUAGUGCUUUCUUUCUCAUUCCUACGCCAUUUGUCGCGGGCGUUCGUUGGCGUUGGGAAGUGGCGUGGUGGAUGAGGGUUGGGGUUUAAAUUGUAAGUCAGCUGAAAUGGGCAAAUGCCUCCUCCUAAAUCCUCUGCUCGUUUUCGCUUGCGAAAGUCUACUAGCUCUUUAUGCUUCAUACUUGACGCUAUUUAGUGUUUGUAAAAGAUUUAAUGGUCAUCAUGGGCUUCCAUUUGAACUCUAAGAAAUCAUUCACCAUUCAUUCUGAGUGAAUGCGUUUUCUGAAGGCGAGGCGGGUCUGGCCCGCGUCGCCUUAUCUAGACCAUUAGUACAGAAGGUUUAGAUUGUCUGCGCGCGAUGCAGGCUAAUGCGGGUCACGAAAGGACUAGAAUUCGCUCGGGUUAUCGCGUAAGUCACAAGAGACCGGGAGGAGUGCGGGGUGAGACAUGCGAAAACAUCUGAACACCUGCUCGAAAAGGAUGUUUCAUUUCUUUCCCCUCCUCUCGCCCGAUUAAGGUGGCCCGAACCUGUUUAUAUGCGUGUUGGUUAUGUUUUUGAUUUGUGUUUUUCAGAAUGAAAGAUUCAAACGAUUUUUAUGAUUUUUGGCAUCCUUAAUAAACAAUAAUGGAACUUUAAGAAAAUGUGAUAUAUUUUCUUGUAGGUAUAAAAACCUUUGAGAUAUCGGCAUAUAUUUAAAACCGCAUUCUUACGAAAAAUGUAGAUAACUUCGAAAUCCCACAACAGAUUUUUCCCUAGCUUUAGAAAAUAAGCCUCAGAGCUCUCUAGUUUUACAUCUGCAAGUCUGAAGGCAAUCGCGACCGUAGGACUCGCUGCACAAAAUCCUGGUCAAAUUUAACCUUAAAAUUCUACGCUAACACAUUUGUGAAAGAUGACGCACAAAUAGAGGACGACUGCCGACAGACUACCUCCUAUCUGAAAGGAUAUUCCUAGCUAAAGCUUUAUUGCAAGAAACAGAGUAAUCAGAAACUUACGGCGAAUACAGUUGGCACUUUAAGAAGAACAAUUUUAAGUUGAGUGGGCGGGGAUAUUAAAGAACUUCUAUUCAUCAAAUUUACUUUGUAUUUGUCCCCCUCUUUUGGAAGCAAAUCUUAACAAAGCAAAAUAUAGCUUCUACGAAAAACUGUCAAGAGUUUUUAGCGUCGCAGGUUCCUGUUUUGAAGAGAAAUAAGGCCACCAACUCCAGUACUUCUAACUAUCCAUUUUUCAGCUGCAAUGAAAACCCUCGUAUUUGGUAAUUUAUUCACGCUUUCAAGACUUGCCAUUGGCAGUGGUGCCGCGAGAGAGGACGACGCGCGCGAGGGAAAAGCGCGCCUGGCCCAAUGGCCUACAGUAAUCGCGUUUCCCACAAUUAGUGCGUAACAUAUUGGUUAGCUUACUUGGCAGGCGCAAAAAGCUUAAAGGGUAAGAGAGGAAGAGAAAAAUAACGAAAGGGAAAAGAGAGAGCGGCGAGUUUUCUUGUCUUUAAUCCCUUGUCCUUUUUCCCCUUGCUCCUCUCCGAUCCUCUCCUGACGCCUUUCAGCAAGGACGAAGGCUAGAUACACACUAGUUUGUGGUUUCUCGGUCGGGUGACUGGCUGUCCAUUCUGAUUUCGGAAAUAUUUCAGGGGUACAUGGUUUUCAUAGUUUGUCAAUAAUUUUGAACAUACCUUCUUAAUUCUUGCCAGUUAGGGUGUUUUCAGGUCAGGUUAUUAUGUAUUAUUAUAUCAGACUGAUUAUGUGAUGUGUUGUAACCCCAGGUUUGUCCACAAAAUAUCACUUUAAAAAAGCUCGCUCCUUUCACUGUAAAUAUUAUUUGUUGGUCAUGUUUAUCUGAGCAGAUUAACGAAUUCCUAGAAAUCCAGAAUUAAAUCAUUCUCAAAAGUCAGGAAAAUGUCAAAACAUUUCAAGGAGCUGUUUGUGAUUGGUUAACUAACAUGAUGUGAUGAGGUCGCAAGACUCGAUUUCGCCGGUCACCCUUUACGGUCUGCGAGCCAUUUUUCUGUUAAUGACAAUUCAUCAUGGAUAUCAAGACCUUGUUAUAUAAUCUUCACGAAGAAGUAUCCUGUCCUGUGUGCAUGUGCAUGUUUACUACACCAAAGCAGUUACCUUGUUUGCACAGUUUCUGCCUACACUGUCUGAAUGGGAUUCAAAGAACAAGCGGCGUCCAUGGUAAAAUUACAUGUCCUGAGUGCAGGAAACAGUUUGUCAUCCCUGGAAGUGGAAAUCCCAGCGAAUUUCCCACAAACUUUCGCAUUAACAGAUUGCUGGAUGUUUUGGCGAUCAAAGAGUGCAACACCGCCGGCGUGAAAUGUGGAAAUUGCGACAUACGAAGCGCCGAAACUUUGUAUUGCUUUCAAUGUUGUUCUUUCUGGUGUCAAGAAUGUAUUUCAGGUCACAACAUCAUCCGAGCAAACAAACAGCACAAGACACUUGCCUUGAAAGACUUCCAAGAUCAAGAUAUCGAGGCUGUGUUAAAGCGACCUGCCUUUUGCCAAACGAAGAACCACGUAAACAAAGAGUUGGAGUUCUUUUGCAAGGUGUGUCAAGUCGCUAUUUGUAACGCUUGUGCUGUUACAGAGCAUGAAGGACAUGCGAAGGUGAUUCUGGAAACAGAAGCAAAUGAGAAGAAACUACAAAUCGUUUCUCGCAUUAAAUCACUGAAAGAUAUAGAACAAGAAAAGAGAAAUCAAGUUGAGAAAAUCGAGCAAGACAGUAUUGAAGUUCAAGUGCAAGUGGCUGACGUGAAAAGCAAAAUACAGAACAGCGUGGAACAAAUAAUUGCCAUCAUCGAAGCGAAGAAGCAGGAUAUUUUAAAUGCAGCUGACAAAGAAGCAAACGACUGCCUCAAAGGACUCGCAUUGAAGAAAGACCAAAUUGAAGAUGAGCUUAUAAAGGUUCAAUCUGCAAUCAAAGGAACUGAGACUUUGUUGGAACAAAGCUCCAACGCUGAAAUUUUACGAUUGAGUACAACAUUUGUUACAAUCCUUCAAGAACAUGGCGUACAAGUUAACUUUGACUCUAGCAUUCCCCGUUUUAGCUAUAUUGACAAUGUAAAUCUUCUUAACAUGUUGAAGACUGAAGGUAUAGGUAAUGUUAAAACUGCUUUCAAUGAAACUAAAGCGCAACAAGCUCAAGCAAAGUGUUUCAGACCUGUGCUGUCUUUUGGAGAGGAAGGCAAGUCUGUUGGAAAGCUUCAAACUCCCUGGGGGGUGGCAGUGAAUGAUCGUGACGAAAUAGCAGUCACUGAUAACAGCAGAGUGUCAGUAUUCAGUAGUGAUGGUACCCACUUAAGAUCAUUUGGUAAGGCGGGUAGUAAUAAUGGUGAAUUUAACUGGCUUCGAGGGGUCGCGUUUGAUAAACAUGGCAAUAUUAUCGUGGCAGACUCUGGUAACCACAGGAUCCAAGUACUCAGUAGAAAGGGCAAGUUUCUUAGUAAGUUUGGUGAAAAGGGAAGUCAAGAUCACCAACUUAGAGGUCCUGAAGGUGUAUCAUUAACUAGUGACGGUGAUAUUAUUGUUGUUGAUCGUUUUAUUAAUGAAAUAUUAAUCAAGAUAUUUUCCCCUAAUGGAGAAUGCAUAUUUGAAUUUGGCAGUAAAGGUUCCUUGCUUGAUCCCUGGCACUGUAUCCAACAGGGAGAAUAUUAUAUAGUUUCAGACUUGGGUGAUCAUUGCAUCAAAAUGUUCGACCUUAAGGGUAACUUUAUAUUUAAAUUUGGAAUGAAGGGGAACAAGGAUGGAGAGUUCAAUAACCCUACCUUCUUGUCAGUUAACAAAGAAGGUUUGCUAAUGGUUUGUGAUAACGGCAACCAUAGAGUCCAGGUA